UUGAUUCCUCUGUCAAAGAAGGUGCCAUGGGAAAAGGGGGACGAUCUGUCGAUGUCUCUGUUUCUGCAUUCUCUUUCCUAGGGCUAGGAGGGAACAACUCUGAGUUAUUCGAGGUUCUGGGUAUCACCGAGGAAGACAUAGGGAACCUGCUUUACUUUAUUGAGAAAGUCUGGGAGGAAGCGAUGAAUGAAGCGCGAGAUGUUGUCAAUGGCGGUCACGCUUUUGCUCAAUUCCCAUGGGUUAAGAAAUCUGUUGACUCGUGGGGUCUUAAUAUGAUGAAUUUUAAUGGCGGCUUUGCUCUAGUUGAUUACUUGAAUGCGGCCGAUCGGGAAUCCAUUCCCAAGAAACAGAGGUCCAACCGAGCGAAACCCCUGAUAAUCACUACUGGCAGUGGUUUUCUCAGUAAAUUUGGAGCCCCUGUUAAAGAUUUUGAAACGAGAUUCUUUGAUGCUAAACUAGUGGAACGUAGGGGGAACAAGAGUCAGAAACGUUACCGUGAAAGUGAAGAAAGUGAAGAGGAAAAGCUGAAUAAACCAAAGAGGCAGAAGGAUGGAGUAAUGGCUCAACUUGCUGAAUGGGGUUUGCUGCCUCCACCAAACAUGCCACCUGGAUUCAAGAAUUUGAUUGAAAAGAUGGGUGGUUCUGAAGAGAAGUUGCUGAUACAGAAGAUCAUAUUCAAAACAGACCUUAGCAAGUCCCACAACCGUUUGCAAAUUCCAGAGAAUCAGGUGAGACCAGAUUUUCUCACAGAGGAGGAAAAAAGGAAGCUGGAUGAAGGAGGGAUGAAUGUUAAGCUGAUAGAACCCUGUCUGAAGAAAUCGAAAAUCCACCUCACCAAGUGGAAUAUGGGAAAGUCUCAAGUGUUUGCGUUCAAUGAGCAGUGGAAUUCAGUGGUAGAUGGAAAUCAGAGCACACUAAAGAGGAAUGCAGUGGUACAGAUUUGGUCAUUCCGGACAGCCCCGAAAUCAAAACUCUGUUUUGCCAUGGUUAAGGUUAAAGAUGGAGAUGAUUAUUAAGGUUAUCAGAUUACAUAUAUCUGGAAGUGGGAACUUUUUCGGUAAUUUUCAUUAUUAGAAGAGUCAGUUGUGGUAAUCCUUUACAUGAUUAAGGGAUGUGACCUGUAAGAUGUUCAGAAUAAUCUUUUUGAAAUACGCAAAGAGUAGUUUGGUUAGUUCACUUUUUGUAUAUUUUUUCAGAAUUAUCCUUAUAAUCCUUAUGGUUUAUUUCUUGUUCAUUUUGAUUCUAGUAGAAAGAAAUCAUCUUCUCAGCU